UCCGGCGGGGAGAGGGGAGAGCGCAGUAGUCACUGGAGAAGAGGAGCAGGAGGCCGAGCUUGCCGGUGCGCCUGUGAGUGUGUAGGCGGGCAGGUCCAUUCGGACCGGAGUUGGAGUCUGGAUCCCUCAAAGGACGAGAGGAGGCCGGAAGAGGGCACCGGAGCUGACCAGCCCGAGCCUUCCUCCGGACCGGCGUGUGUUCCGCUGUACCCCGCUGCUAGCACGGAGGAGAAGGAGGGACCUGUGCGCUGUGCAGCCUCACCUCCCGCCUACCCCGUGCUGCUGAACCCGGCCUCUCUGGGCCCCGUGGCCCUGCACCCUGUUCUGGUGGCCGCCAUCGACCUGUCCUCCAGCCCCGCAGCUCUGGGCCCCGCGGAAAGUCCCCUGAUAGUGACAGGAGCCGGCGCCCAGGAGGAGGAUGAGGGCAAGAUGAGCAAGAAGAAGAAGGCGGCCGGCAGCAGGAUCAUGCUGGUCAAGAGGAUCCUCAUGAAGGAUGGCAGCUCGCAACAAGGAAUGGGAAGGCCGAGUGUGUAUCAUGCUGUUGUGGUCAUCUUCCUGGAAUUUUUUGCCUGGGGUCUGUUAACGACACCGAUGCUAAUAGUGCUACAUGAAACCUUUCCCCAACAUACCUUUCUUAUGAACGGCCUCAUUCAAGGUGUAAAGGGCUUCCUGUCAUUUAUGUGUGCUCCACUCAUUGGUGCUUUAUCAGAUGUUUAUGGGAGAAAGUCUUUCCUGCUCAUAACAGUCUUCUUUACCUGUGCACCUAUCCCUUUAAUGAGGAUAAGCCCAUGGUGGUAUUUUGCAAUGAUUUCAGUGUCUGGAGCGUUUUCAGUCACGUUCUCUGUGAUUUUUGCCUACGUUGCGGACAUAACACAAGAACAUGAAAGAAGUACAGCUUAUGGAUUGGUCUCUGCUACAUUUGCAGCAAGUUUGGUUACAAGUCCAGCGAUUGGCGCUUACAUCUCGACGUUUUACGGUGAUAACCUCGUUGUUCUUCUGGCUACUGUGGUGGCACUGUUGGAUAUCUGCUUCAUUUUAUUGGUUGUGCCAGAAUCACUGAGGGACAAAAUGAGACCUAACCUCUGGGGAGCACAGAUUUCCUGGGAACAAGCCGACCCAUUUUCUUCCCUGAAAAAGAUUGGUAAAGACACCAGAGUUCUUCUCAUUUGUAUCACCGUUUUCUUUUCCUAUUUGCCAGAAGCUGGACAGUAUUCUAGUUUUUUCCUUUAUCUCAAGCAGAUCAUAGGCUUUAAUCAGGGGAGCAUUGCAGCUUUCAUAGCGGUGGUUGGGAUUUUGUCCAUCGUGGCUCAGACUGUGUUCCUCAGUAUUCUUAUGCGCUCAAUUGGAAACAAAAAUACUGUUCUUCUUGGUCUCGGUUUCCAGAUGUUCCAGCUGGCCUGGUAUGGUUUUGGUUCACAGCCAUGGAUGAUGUGGGCAGCUGGUGCUGUAGCUGCCAUGUCUAGUAUCACGUUCCCUGCAGUGAGCGCCCUGAUUUCCCGUUGUGCUGAGUCGGAUCAACAAGGUGUAGCACAGGGCAUGGUAACUGGUAUUCGAGGAUUAUGCAAUGGUCUAGGCCCCGCACUCUAUGGGUUUGUUUUCUUUCUGUUCCACGUGGAACUUGGAGGAUUAGUGCCAGUGCCAAGCACAGAUGAUAAGACCACAAUCAAAGAUCCUAGCGAAGAGGGAGCCAUUAUUCCAGGACCACCAUUUUUAUUCGGAGCAAUUGCUGUCCUUCUUGCUUUCCUGGUUGCCUUGUUCAUCCCUGAACACAGCACUGACUCCAAAAACCUGAUGGGUGGAAAGCACAGCAUCGGCAGCAAUAGUCAAGCGAAUACUCCAGACUGUGGCGGCAAUGAAGACAUAGAACCUUUGUUACAGGACACCAGUGUGUGACUCCCUUCUAAACUGUCCCUUGGCAUUGCCCGCAGUCAGAAGAGAGGAGACUGUACCAAGCUCUGCUGAAGAAAAGGUCAUUACACAACAGCAACCACAAUAUAAGGCGUUGGAUCUCCAUGCAGAUGUCCUAUUGACUGCCAUUGUUAUAUUUAUUUUCACAGUUUUUAGUUUUUUUUGGUCUUAAAUAUCAAUUAUUACCUAUUCACUGCAUGGGAGGUUGCAUGUGUAGCGAAACAUCUCCAGCAGUAAAGGAGCUAAAGGUUUGAGAUUGUGUUUUUCUGCUUAUGCUACCUCGAACCUUGUCAUUGCAUUUUGUAUUGACUGUUGACAAAAGGAAAAUCCCUAGAAAUUGCAGUGACAGAGAGCAUCUGACUCUGGUACCAUAUGCAAAGAGAAGACCGUGUUGUUACACGCCCUACAGUGCCUGCUAUUACAUUUCUGUGUCGUUGUAUUUUAUUGUGUAGGUGGUGGUGGGGAGAAGACUUGGUUUUGCCUUUCUUGCUGCAUUUUUGGAGUAACCUUGUGUUCUAGAAUAACUCUGAAGUUCUCAGUAACUUGUUUACAGAGCUGUACUAUGAUGAGCGGGAGGCUUAAGAAUUCCCAAAACCAACCCAGCGUCCGUGAUAAUAUACAUUAUAGGCAAAUGCUGCUAGGUCAGACCACAUACCACCCUAUGGCUGGUAGCAAGCAGUAGAGUAGUAGACCUCCAAAGAAUAAGGUCUUUACUGUUGUGUCCUAAAUAACAGGUAUGGCGCGGAACGAGCCCAGCGGGUGAACCAGAGGAUCCUCUGGUGGGCACAGGCUAUGAUACCACAGUCGGCCCCAAAGGUACAGAGAAUUUUUUUUUUUUUAAAUGCCUUUGGAGACAACAAAUUACCAUUAGGGUCUAGGUCUUUGAAUCAAACCCUGAUCAUAUAAGGGUUGAGCCCUGAAAAUAAUUCCACCUGGUGGGCCCAAGGAAACCCAGUCCGACCUUGGAGCCAGCUGCCUGAUUGUCGCCUAAGGCAAGUAUUUGCACAGAGCAUAGUUAGAUAAAAAUGUACAUAUAAAAUGAAUGGUAUUAAGAGUGGCAGUGUAGUACAUUAAAAGUAGUUAGCAGAGUAUUUAUAUGGCAGCUUUCUCAUAUGUUGCAGAUUUCCCAACAUGAAUUUCUGACCGCUGUUCAAACAAAGAUGACUAUUUGUUGGACCUCACUGAGAAGAGCACCUAACGUUAAAACAGAUUAGUGAUACCAGUGUGCACUGUAAUAUCAGGUACUUUGUAACGUUGCACGUAGUGAUCUUGGGUUGUUGGUAAUGAGCGCUCAUUCCCGAUUAAUCUGCCAGUGUAAGGGUGCCACAGGUCGCCCAGUGAACAAGCUCCAGCAUCGGUUGAAAUAAUUGUUUCUGGACAGCAGAUCGUCCUGUGUGAAUGAAUCUGUAUGAGGAUGAGACAUCCUUCGUCCCCAUACAGAGGAGGUGACCUCUGUCUGUAAAAGCUGCUUUUUACCUCCUGGUUCCUUCCCAGUCGACGGGUGUAAAUGCACCUUUAGGUGUUGAUUUUAUCACAGCAUUCCUAAUUUCCUGCAUAAUGCAGAUGGAUGCCAGGAGCGACCAGCAUGUCUACUCUUCUUUUCGGUCCAGAUAUUAAGGUCCCCUCAUUUGUUACACUCCGCCUUAACUGCUAUGUAGAGUGCAUUGGACACAUAUCAUAGCCUUCAUAUUCGACACUCUUCCUACAAUGCUUUGGUGAAAGAUAUGCAGAUUAAUAUUUUCUUUUUAUAGCUCAAUCUUGGGACACUUUGUCACGUUGGUUUCGUUUUCUUUUUCUCUCUCAAAUGUUACUUUUGAAGAUUGAAUGGUUUAAAGAAAAGAUGCAAAUAGUAUUUUUCUGAAAUGCAGACCGGAGUAAAUAAGACAUUAACAGAUUGCCGCUUUUAAUGUUUUAUAUGUAGAUAUUUGUAAGAAACAUUUUUCCCUACCGAGAGGCUGUGUAUAUCUUGUAUUUAUAACUGUAACAAGAUUCUUCACUGAAAAAUAUAUUGCUUUUAUAUAAAGGAAUAUCUAUGACUGAAAAUGUUUUUUCUUUCUCUUACAUAAGGUAUAUAUUUUGUGAUGUUUUUUUUUCCUUCAAGAUAACAUACAUUUUAUAAUAUGCAUUUGAUUUUUAUGUUAACUCUGAUCAUGAUACAUAAUAAACAAGGCAUAUUCUACUCCC